CACUAUUUUUAUCCCGCUCAUCAAGGCACUUGCAGUUUCCCUUCUUUUUAGGGCCCCUGUUGCCCCACGAUGCAACAGUCUUUAGAACGAGCUCUGGACCGUGCGGACUAUAUCAUUGCCAGUGCCCAGCAGAGGCCUCCUAAAAGGAAAGGCUCAGCGAGUGGGGGAGCAUCUCUGGAUGAAAAACUUUAUGACCUAUAUGUGGAAGAAUGCGGGAAAGAGCCUGAGGCUACGGAGGAAUUAAGAAGCAACGUGAACUUGUUGGAGAAGCUCCUGAGGAGAGAGUCGUUGCCGUGCUUAGUGGUCAACCUAUACCCAGGAAAGGAGGGAUAUUCGCUGAUGCUCGAGGGCGAAAAUGGAUCCUAUUCGGAGACCAUUCGACUGCCUUAUGAAGAAGGGGAGUUGCUCGAAUACUUGGAUGCUGAACAAUUACCUCCUGCUCUGGUGGAUCUCCUGGAAAAAUCUCAGGUUAACUUUUUUCACUCUGGGUGUGUCAUAGCCCAGGUACGGGACUACAGGCAGUGCAGUCGGGAACCUCCCGGCUACGCGAGCAGGCAUGUUCUCCUGCGGCCAACGAUGCAGACGUUAGCCUGCGACGUGCAGUCCAUGACCAGCGAUGACCAGACCUGGACCCAGGAAGACAGGCUUUUGCUGGAGAGCCAGCUGAUCUUAGCUACGGCCGAACCGCUGUGUCUUGAUCCUUCUGUAUCAGUAGCCUGCACUGCAAACAGGCUGCUCUAUAACAAGCAAAAGAUGAACACUGGCCCCAUGAAAAGGAGCUUCAAGAGGUAUUCUGCACCCUCCCUGAACCGGCAGCAGGAGCUGUCUCAUCGUCCACCUCCUCCUGAGCUGAGAGUAUGGCCUUCUUACAAAAAAAGCAGAGAAAGUACAACAAGUGAGAAUUGUGACUUUGUAAUUUCUAAACCAGGGAAUUAUGUAGAUACGUGGAAACAGAGACCCUGUGACUUGGCUGUACCUUCUGAAGUGGACGUGCAGAAAUAUGCUAAAUGGGAGACGUUUGUCAAAUAUGAUGAGUCACAACCAACAGACUGGCCAGCCCACGAGGCAAAAGAUGAUUUUGAAUUUGGAUAUGAAGGUGGCGAUGAGUCUCAAACAAAGCCAGCCUUCAUGCAGUCACUUAAUGAUCCAUUUAUCUCUGGUAAAAGAAGGGUACGUAAAAAAAUCAGACAUGAAAGACAGGCAUCCCCUCCGCACUCCUCCACAGGUGACCAUUCAACUAGUGUUCUGCCUAGGUCAAAGAGUGAUGCUGGGAGGGAAGUCAUUCAGUCACAGAUCUUGGUCAAGCAGAAGGCCAAAUGUCCGGUCACUGUGUCACACAGCUCCAGUGGCUCAGCCAGCCUCAGCCAGCUGCCUCCAGGGAAAGAAACAGAACAGCCUGAGAUCGUGUCUGUUCAGUCUUCAGUCCUGGGGAAGGCAGUCAGCCAUCCAUCUCCAGCCAUCAAACCUCCCUCAAGCUCAGGAAAGACUUGGUCAGGUAACAGUUUUACUCCAUGGCAGGGAAGCACCUUUCUUAAAUCUCCAUCUCCUGCUCCAGCUUCUAAGCCACCAAGUCCUUCCCAGAAAUCCCCUGUGGAAGUGAAUCCAAUUAGCACAUUUCCUGCGGCCACUCUGUCUACCACCGGCUCUCUACAAAGAACCCUGGCCACCCAGGUCGCAGCGAAUUCCCAGGAAUCCUCUGUGGAAGUGAAACAAGCUAGCGUGCUUCCUGCAGCCACCCUGACUACCACCAGCUCAUCACAAAGAACCCUGACCACCCCGAUCACAGUCAAGUUUCCGAAACCACCUGCAGAAGUGAUUCAAAUUAGUAUGCUUCCUCCAGUCACUUUGUCCACUACCAGUUUAUCACAAAGAACCUUGGCCACCCAGGCCAUGGCCAGAUCUCAGAAAUCCUCUGUGCAAGCGACUCGAGCUAGCGUGCUUCCCGCAGCCACUGUGUCCACUACCAGCUCAUCACGAAGAACCUUGACUACCCCAGUCACGGUCAAUUCCCAGAAGUCCUCUGUGGAAGUGAUUCGAGUUAACAUGCCUCCUACAGCUACUUUGUCCAGUGCUAGCUCCUCAGAGAGAACCUUGGCCACCCAGGUCAUGGCCAAGUCCUGCAAAUCUUCUGUGGAAGUGACUCCAGUUAGUAUACUUCCUAAAGCCACCAUAUCUACUACCAGCUUAUCACAAAAAACCCUGACCAUCCCAGUCAUGGCCACUUCCCAGAAAUCCUCUGUGGAACUGAUUCAAGUUUCCAGGCCUCCUACAGCUACUUUGUGUACUACCGGCACAUCACAGAGAACCUCGGCCACCCAGGUCACGGCCAGGUCCCAGAAAUCUUCUGCGAAAGUGACUCAAGUUAGUAUACUUCCUAAAACCACCAUAUCCACUACCGGCUCAUCACAAAGAAGCCUGGCCACCCAGGUCACGGCCAAGUCCCAGAAACCUUCUGUGAAAGUGACUCAAGUUAGUAUACUUCCUAAAACCACCAUAUCCACUACCGGCUCAUCACAAAGAAGCCUGGCCGCCCAGGUCACGGCCAAGUCCCAGAAACCUUCUGUGAAAGUGACUCAAGUUAGUAUACUUCCUAAAACCACCAUAUCCACUACCGGCUCAUCACAAAGAAGCCUGGCUGCCCAGGUCACGGCCAAGUCCCAGAAACCUUCUGCGAAAGUGACUCAAGUUAGUAUACUUCCUAAAACCACCAUAUCCACUACCGGCUCAUCACAAAGAAGCCUGGCCACCCAGUCCACAGACAGUUCUGCUGGCCCCAACAUCAUCCAAGUGGUGGGCACUGUCAGUGGAGUCCAGGCUUGGGCAAGGGAUUCCAGCCUUAGGCAGGGCUCUACCACUGGGGCCACAGCUCCUGCGGGAAUCAAGCCCAGUAACCUGCCCUCAGGAUCUUGGCCACCAAAUGUAGGGCCCCCGGCACUGCAGGCUCCUUCUCAAGCAGGUGCUCAGUUUUUUUUUAAAGAUGCCCCAAGUAUCAGGCCAGUAAGCAUGUUCCAGCUUCCACAAGGUUCAUACCUUUUGAACACCCAGCAACUGAACACCCAGCAACAGCCUCAGCAGCAGUGGCUCUAUCAGCUGAUUCCACAACAACAACUUCAACAACCUACAGCUUCCAGUCAGCAGCCCACAGCUCCUCAUCCUCAGCAGCCAGUAUCACAGGGCUCAAGUGCACAAGGGUCAACCAGUCAGAGAACAGCCUUAUCUGCUCAGCAAGCUGUUGUCCUUAACCUUGCUGGAGCAGGAAGUUUGCUGCAGCCCCUGCAGGCAGCUGUGUUGUCUCCACUUGGCUGUGUGGAGAGCCAGAGAAGACCUGAGCAGAGCGGCGCUCAGCACACACUGCAGCUGUCCUCUGCCUUACAGCUGCAGCCCCAGCAGCAGGUACAGCUGAGAAUUCUGCCACACCCAGUGGCUCUGACAACAGUGGCCGCCCCAACAGCUCAGCCACAUCCAUCUAGCGAGCAGACAGCAAAUCAGUCCACAGGUAAAAUGAAGAAAGGCACACCAACCACUCCAAAAUCCUAG